CUGGUAGUGGCGUUUGUAAUUUUCGACCCCUGCGAUGAGCCCCUGAACGCACCCAGCCCCGUCCAACAUGGCGGCCCAGCGUAGGAAUCUGAUUCAAAGCCAUCAGAGCUGGACGGAUGACCUGCCGCUGUGUCAGUUGUGUGGCGUCGGCACGGCAACCAACUGUGAGUACGGCCCCGACGGCAAAGGCACUCAAAGCCACCCCAAUGAGGACGGACACCUGCGGUUCAGAGGCGAGGACGGCUGCUUCCUCUACGGGGUUUUUAACGGCUACGAUGGCAGCCGGGUGGCCAGCUUCGCCGCCCAGUGUCUGACGGCCGAGCUGCUGCUUGGACAGCUCAACUCCAGCCACACGGACAGCGACGUGCGCAGGAUCCUCACGCAGGCCUUUGACGUGGUGGAGAAGAGCUACUUUGAGACGAUAGAUGACGCUCUGGCUGAGAAAGCUCAUCUGUCCAACUACCUCCUACCCCACAACGAGAAUGUGACAUUCCACCAGAACCAGAAGGUGCAGGAGCGUCUGAAGGAGCUGGAGCAGGAGGUGUCUGGAGGAGCGAUGGCUGUGGUGGCUCUGAUCCUUAACAACAAGCUCUACAUCGCCAGUGUUGGGACCAACCGGGCUCUGCUGUGCAAGUCCAGCAGCGACGGCCAGAACCAGGUUCUCCAGAUCGGCCGGCCGCACAGCACCGACAACGAGGAGGAGCUGCAGAGGCUGGCAGCUCUAGGUGUGGAUUCGGCCCGGGUUCGGCAGGCGGGUCAGAUUGCCGGUCAGACCAGCACCAGGAGGCUCGGAGACUACCGGGUCAAGUUCAGCUACGGGGAAAUCGACCUGCUGAGCGCGGCCAAGUCGAGGCCAGUCGUUGCCGAGCCGGAGAUUCACGGCAGCCAAUCUCUGGACAACGUGACGGGCUUCCUGCUGCUGCUGUCGGAGGGCCUCAUCAACGCCCUUGAGUCCGCCCACGGACCCGAACAGGCCAAUCAGGAAAUCGUCGCCAUGGUAGCGGCAGAGCUGGCCCUGCAGAGCAGCCUGGAGGCGGUGGCCCAGUCGGUGGUGGAGCGGGUGAAGCGGCUGCACCACGACGUCUACGUGUCCGGCCGCCAGAGGGCGCCCUUCUGCUCGCGCCACGAGGACAUGACGCUGCUCAUCCGCACGCUCGACCCCCCGCAGGGCGACGGGGCGCCGGCGCAGGGAGGACGGAUCUACCCCGUGUCCGUCCCCUACUCCAACAGCCAGAGCACCAGUAAAACCAGUGUCACCCUCUCACUGGUCAUGCCCUCCCAGAAUACUCUGACCAAUGGAACCAACACCGCCUCCACCCUGGAGGAGGGAACCCCCACACCACGCAGCCAGAGCCCCACGGCCACCCUCCAGUCCACCAACACGCAGACGCAGAGCUCCAGCUCGUCCUCGGGGGACGGACGUCUGUUCCGCCAGCGAGGAAGCCAGGCGGCUAAACCCGACGAGACGGGCCGCGUGCCGCCCUACGUGGACUUCACUCAGUUCUACCGCCUGUGGGGGGGCGACCACAGCGAGGCCCAGAGCGCCCACGGGGGACUGGGACCGCAGUGAGGGGGGGGGGGGGCUAAAGAGAUGAUGUGCUUUUAUUAACUCACAGCCACACAAAGAGGGAGCCGAUGGAGGGUAACGCUCUUCUUUUAUCUUGAACUCUCCUGGGGAAGAAAUCUGCUUUGUCAGCGACAAAAUUAACUCUUUGUUGUUUUUAUUUAUUAGCAGUUUUCCAAUAACAACAAAGACCAAAUCUUUAUUUAAGUGUGUAUGAAUCUGACACAACGUGUGCUGCUUCCUCUUCAUCGGGACCGAGCGACUGGGCAAAGAAAAGCCUUCUACAUUUAAAUGUUUAAUCCGUCUUAUUACUUUGGUAAUUGUGGCCAAAAGUGUCGCAGUGUUGAACGAUGAGUGUUGAUGUUGACUUUUUAAUUUGUAAUGAAAGUAUAUCUGCAAA